CCCUGGCAACGUUGAUAGUAACUGGAUCCAAGGCGUACCACCAUAAUGUUCUCAGCUUCUCGCUUUGUAAAUAAUUAAACAUGCCAUAGAAAGUAACGGAAACUUUCUGAGACUUUCAACAUGACAGAAGCAAUGCAGGGAUUACUGGCGGAUGCCAAAAAAGGCAGAUAUUCCAGCAUUCGUGACAGUUUGUCUGAAGAUGAUGUUGCCAGUGUUUGGGAAAAUGUAUCAACAUUCCUUGAUAAGCAGAUGUCACAACAAAAGGGUGUACAGAUACCUGUUCUGGGGACAUUCACAUUUUCUCAGAAGAAAUUAGACAUCGGAAAUAACAAGUUUGUUCUGAUUCAACGACCAGUAUUCAACAUCUCUGAGAAAUUUGCCCAAACUCAUGGACUACAGUUCACAAAGUAUCAUGUACCAGGUCAGAUACCAGUUGUGCCUCUCAAUUUUGCUGCUCUAUCAUUUGAAAGUCCAUUCGAUCGUGACACUGUGGAAAGUUGUGUUAGGGAAAUCCUUAAUGCUGUGUCCCGAGCUGUUGGUGCCAGAAGAAAUGUUGAACUUACAUUUACUGGAAUAGGAAGAUUGUCUAUUCGUGAAAACAGAGUGAAGAUGAAAUUUUUCAAGGAGUUCGUUCGGCACAUGGAUGGAUCAGGAAAGCUUGUCGAUGCUCUGCAAAAUCGGCCAGGCACUGUGGAUUCAGUCAUAUCAGAACGGUGUUUCUCCCGACCACCCACCAGCAACACCCUUGUCCUUCCAAAUGGAGCUGGUAAUCACAGAAUCACAGCAUCGAACAGCAAUGCCUUGAUAGCAGGAUGUCUUGAACCAGUAGCGGAGACCGAAGAGGGUGGGGCAGAUACUCUUGGAGAUGGCCCUGGACUGAUUGGGGACCCUCUAGACCAGGCCCCUGACCCAUUUUCUGCUGUGGAGGGUGGGGAUAUUCCUGCUGAUGUCUUGGCAGCAGCUGUAGCAGAGGACCAGGCCAUGGAGAUCCAAGCUGCAGAGAACCAGGCCUUGUUUCACCCUGUAGCCAUGGAAGAACCCACUGUUGGAGACAUCCACACUGCUGCCGCCAUCGACAACAUCCUUAACGAGGGUGAUGAACAACCUGCUGUCAACACAAUGACUCUUGCUGAACUAGGACCAGAGACUUCUGAUGCACCCCAGAAGCCUAUAGGUCCUGUACGAUCGAUGUCACGGAUGACAAUGCCGCUGCCCAAGGCUAGUGGAGUGUGUCUACUGGAUGAUCUACAAAUAGGGUCAGCUAGGCCCUCUCAACCGCCAACACCACCAAACCUCACCAAGUUCUCGCCUGCUCCACUACAGGAUGUGUUUUCACCUCAGCCUCCAGUGAUGGACAAGCCAAUGUCUGCUGGUCACUUAGCUCCCCUGGAGAGAGGGGUCACUUUUGACCAGACCGCCAUGGACCGUGCACGCCAACACAGUGCAAGUUGUGGCCAUCCGCAUGCUGGCCAGGAGCUGUGUUAUUUGUGUCAUCAGCGGGCUCGACGCAACGUCCCUGUGUCGUUUGUGGAGGAGCGUCGGCGUCGGGAGGUGGAGGAGGACAGAUUGCUGCAGCAGUACCAGGCCAUGAAGGAUGCAGAACAAACCAUCACAGAACAUGAGAACAACUUGUCUAAGAGACAGGACCUUCAGAAAAUGGCCGCCUUCAAUCUUGGAGUAGCAGAUGCUACUAUUCAAAAGAAGAAGGCCAGAGACACAGAUUUCCAGAGAUCCUACAUAUUCCAACGAAGACCUCUGACGCCACCACGGUUCCCCAAGCAGCAGGGGUACUUCAAAGAUUUGGCCUCGCAGGUUGAUAUGAAGGAACAGACCAAACAGAAGCGUAAUGCAGAUGAGGCCUUCUUUGAGAGACUGGAACAGGUGCAGCUGGCGGAGGAUCUGGCAGCACAAAGGGAGCAGUACUUGAAAGACAAAUAUGAUCAGACCGAUGUCUACAAGAAGGCUCUUGAGUCACAGAUACACCUUCGGGACAGAUUCCGCAAACCUGAUGGUCUUCUCCGCUCACCAGAGUAUCCUACAUCACGCUGUCCACUCUUCACUCCUGAUCUCACUUACUCUCACCUCACUGUUCCCCGGCCUUAUGUGCUGCGCCCAUUUGCAGAGAAAAAUACAGCCAUUGAUUGUGCCUCUCCAUUCACACUGCCUAGGCUUCGUUUCAAGCCUGUCCCAAUGCCCAGCUGUGAGCCAGACUCGGAGGUGUUCGGCAAGAAUGACAUGAACAAUGAGAAGAUGGCAGAGAGACGACAACGGGCACAUAACCUGUUCCGAGAACAGCAGGAUUUUGUGUCACAGAAGAAGCGAGACAUCAUCUUGAAACGUCUGCGAGAGCAGAAGGAAGAGGAGGAGACUCUCAGUCGGACCAGGAAGGAAUUGCUCGAUGACAGGGCCAACCGUCACCACAUGCGCUUUUUGUCUCGUCGCCGACUGGAAGACGAUUGGUCUAAAUCUGCUGACAUGAAACGAGGAAGGGAGUUGGAGGAUCGGCUUCGAUCUCUCAGUCCUGGGAUACUGGUGCACGAGCAGUGUGACAAGUACCACCGCUGUCGUCAGUGUCUGCGCCAACUUCGCAACUGUGGCGAGUCAAACAUCUGGAGCGAGUCACGAUACAUUCCUGGAUCAAGACUCAUGGUUUAAACAUGGCCGAUGGAAUGAUUAUCCCUAGUCUUUGCCUAGGUCUUGAUAAGUUUCGUACCAUCUAGCGAUUACACCACUUCUGAAGGUCUUAAGAAUAUUUUGUCUUAUAUCCAUCGGCUUUGUUUUAGGUCUGAACGAAAAAAAUUUUAUACUGGUAUUUACAAGAAGUGAUUUGUAAAUGACAUGGAAUGGUAUACAAUUUGCUGCAAUGAUGUUUGAUAUAUUUGAUCAUUUGGUAUGGAUAAUUAUUUUUGAUGCCUUGUCCAGUGGUGUUAAUUGUUAGAUGUUUUCAUUGUUCAAGGCCUGUCAACAGGUUGUGAUACAUAUACUAGUUUGUGAUGCCUUGAUGUUGUUGUUUGUAAAAGGGCAGAAACCAUUUUACCUGCCUGCUAUAAAACAAACCAUCUGUGAUAACAGUAUUAUUUAUAAUCAUAUUGCAUUCAUGAACCUGUCCUGUGUUCUAUGUAGCUAUUUUAGAUAACGUUUUAACAUUUUGUACAUGUUGUAAUACUUCUACAUUUAUUUGCUGUGAUACAUUUUAUGUACAUACAUGAUCAGUUACACUUCUAAGUACACUGGAUAUCUAUUGGUUUGUAUGAUGUAUUUUCAUUUUUUUAUAAGUUUUUAAGUGAUGGAUGGAUUCUUGUCCAGUCCAAGCUUAAUUGUCCUUAAUAACCCCUCAUAAAAGAGGCUGAGACAAACAUUGGUACUCCAAUCAUGAUACUGCUGAUCUUGGUAUGCAUCUUUCAUGCCCUUUUAGUUUGUUGACCAUAAACACUUGUUUCGGUAUGUGAAUUUCUCACUGUGUUACCUGUGAAGGCUUGAGUUAACAUCAUGGUUAAUCAGAUUGUCAAUGUCUGGCAUGAUUUCUGUAUUGUUGGAGGGUUUCUUCAUUAAACAUUGCUGCCAACAAUAAAUCAUGUAUAUGUACUU